AUGUCAUCUACGGGUGACGCGUCUACCGAGGCGUCCUCGUCGGAGUAUGAUUCUCUAUCAGACUCAGAAUCCAUGAAGGAAGAGCCUGUCAACCCGAGUCCCGAGAGCCCCAAGCAGUUCCCAACGACGGGGUUCAAGAUUCUAGAUCCAGGCGUCAAGAUUGAAGAGGAGCGUUUCGCCUAUUACGAACCGAACCUCUUCUAUCCGGUUCACAUUGGUGAUGUACUGAACGACCGAUACCAAGUCAUCACAAAGCUUGGCUAUGGCUCCGUGUCUACAUUAUGGCUCGCAAAAGAUCUCAACGAGCAUCGAUAUGUGACGCUCAAGGUCUAUGUACAUGGCGAGUCCAGCGCCGAGUUCAACUGCUACUAUCACUUCCAGAGCGGCCUCGUGUGCGAGAAUCACCGCGGUCGACUCUCCAUCCGAAUCGCGGAAAGUCGUUUUCAGCUGGAGGGACCAGGAGGCACUCACGACGUCUUCGUCUUGCUGCCGCUGAGCCUCUGCGUGCGGGCGCUGCAGCUGCAGCUGCAGGACAGAAAGUUUAGAGAGGCGUUUGUGGUCAUCAUUGCUCGUGCAAUACUUGAAGCCCUCGACUACCUCCACACUCACGCGAAGGUGAUUCACGGCGAUGUUCACGGGGGCAAUAUUCUACUGAAAUUCAGCGACGACUCUGCCGUCUCGCUGUACGAACAGGUCGAGUUCAACAGCCCAUCGCCGAGAAAGAUUUACCCCGAUGGCCGUAUCAUCCACGUCACCCAGCAGAUUUACAACUCCAGGCCCUCUGCGGUUCUGUGCGACUUUAGCAGCGCUCGAAUCUGCCCGCUCGACCAGCCCCAGACAGGCAUGAUGCUCAUGCCCGAGCAGUAUCGACCGCCCGAGGUGAUUCUGGAGAUGGAAUUCAGCUACAAGAUUGACAUGUGGUGCCUUGCAAUCGCACUCUUCCGCAUGCUCACAAACCGCAGCGUCUUCCCCAUCUACUCGGACGACGACCCCCUCAGCGAGGCCCGGCACCUCGCCGCCAUGGUGUCGCUCAUGGGCCCGCCCCCGCUCAGCUUCUACCAGAAGAGCGAAAAAGCGCACCUCUACUGGGACGACAACUGCGAGUGGGUCGGCCCCGUCGACCUGUUCCCGCGCACCUACACCCUCGAGAGCAUGCUGCCCAGGCCCAUGCAGGGCGAGCCCGGAGCCCUGUUCCUGGACUUUAUGCGCCAGAUCCUCCGCUGGGAGCCAGACGACCGCCUCGACGCCGCCUCUGCUCUGAGGCACCCCUUUGCUCACCGCCUGUGCACGGCCGAGGGCCUCGUGCCCAUUCAAGACUGA